UUAAAGAAAGCCGUUAGUCCCACCUCCAAGCUGUGAUUGGUUAACAGAACUGUCCGUCACCUGUCCUCCCUGUUGCUGUGAUGGUGCCUGGAGUCCUCGCGCAUCACAUUCAGGCAAAUGACACGCACCGAGUUACAACAAACUGAAUGAUCCCGCUAUGAAUACGCACAAUAAUUCAACGAGGCAACGCUUAAGAAAGGAAAACGGGAAUCCUUCAGUUUAGUCCCUACUGUUUAAAUUGGAGACGUAAGGGCCACUAAAAAAGGCACGGAUUAGGAUCUCUGUACACGCUAAUCCCAGAAAGACGACUGUAGAGUGAGUCAGAAGCACCAAAGAUACACACCGAGGUGAACAAAUGAGAGGGAGUGGCUGUUUUCCAUGUGGGACCCUAUUUCUGAAUGAGCCACCAGGCAAAGAUGUUAAAUGAGAGGAAGCACCGUACAAGAAGCCAGGGCCACUCAGAGUAACGUGGAGCCUUGUUAUAGCAGCCAGGCAACAAUCACAGCACUCAUCGUUCUCAAAGCUGAUCCGCGGUCUAUUUUUAUCACUGAGACAACGCACCAAUUAAUUUGGGCAUAUCUGAUGAUGUUCAGUGAGAUGCAGGACUGAGGGGAAGAAGAGCACUGUGAAGCAGACGACCCUAAACAUCUACUCCUUUAUACUUUGAUAUGUGUAUAAGCUUGGGUUGAGAUGUGGCGAUAAUGAGCUAAUUUUGGAAAUUGACACAGACGUACAGGACAACAUGUGAAGGUGGUGCCUUAGUUCCAGGUCUCCUGCCAUGAGCUAAGCCCCCCAGUGGCCUGUGGCAGGAUGACUGCUGUGUACCCGGCUGGGGGGGGCUCCGUCGGGGUCUCAGAAGUGGCCACGGGUCCCCAGCGUUAUGCCCGAUGGAGCCGACAAGACAGCUCCGACAUCUGUACGGACGACGAGGGGACCCAGCCGCGCCGCCUUACCCCACUGGAGAAACUCAAUCUGGACAUGUGCCAAGAUGAGAAGAUGGUGAGAGAGCUCACCGUGGGCCGCCGCAUCGGCUUCUACAAGAUACGUGGCGAGAUCGGCUGUGGAAACUUUUCCCAUGUCAAGCUGGGCAUCCACGCUCUGACGAAAGACAAAGUAGCCAUCAAGAUCUUGGACAAAACCAAGCUCGAUCAGAAGACGCAAAGGCUGCUGUCCCGGGAGAUAUCAAGCAUGGAGAAGCUGCACCAUCCAAAUAUCAUCCGUCUGUAUGAGGUGGUGGAGACGCUGACCCGUCUGCACCUGGUCAUGGAGUACGCAAGCGGAGGAGAGCUCUACACGAAGAUCAGCACAGAGGGGAAGCUCUCCGACAUCGACAGCAAGAUUGUCUUCUCUCAGGUUCUCUCAGCUGUGAAGCAUAUGCACGACAAUAACAUCAUUCACAGAGACCUGAAAGCAGAGAAUGUUUUUUACACCUGUAGCACCUGUGUUAAAGUGGGAGACUUUGGCUUCAGCACCGUCAGCCGCCGCGACGAGACCCUCAACACCUUCUGUGGUUCUCCCCCUUACGCCGCUCCUGAGCUCUUCAGGGACGAGCACUACAUAGGUGUUUGCGUAGACAUCUGGGCCCUGGGGGUCAUGCUCUUCUUUAUGGUGACCGGCACCAUGCCCUUCCGUGCCGAAACGGUGGCCAAGCUGAAGCGCUGCAUCCUGGAUGGGACGUACACAGUGCCUACUUGGGUGCCGGACCCUUGCCAGAAACUAAUCCGCGGCAUCCUGCAACCCCAGCCGUCUGACCGCUACACCGUAGAGCAGAUGAUGGGCUGUGAGUGGCUGCUGCCGGUGGAGUUUCCCAAGGCCAUGGAGCCCUUCAAACUGGACCCGCUCCAUCUGGCUGAGUCUAAGCCAGGGGAGCUUGAAGAGCAUGAGAUAGAGGUGAGGAACGCCCUGGAGGCUCUUGGCAUCACCGCUGACCACAUUCGCAACAACCAAGACAAAGACUGCAGGAGCUCCAUCACUGGAGUCUAUCGAAUCCUCUUACACCGCACACAUAAACGACAAGCGGUGGAGAGCAUGCCAGUAGUUACUCACGUAGUGAAUGGAACUGAUGCUAAAAAGGACCGUCUGAAGACAUACAGGAGCCUUAGGCAUACGUCUAAACUCUGCAUCAUUCUGUGAUGCUCAGAAAACGUAUAAAUACUAAUGGACAGCUCACAGGAGCUAUAGUUCAGCUAGUUAUAUUUGAUAUACCUCUUUUGUUAUCUUUUUUCAAUUGAAAAUGAGAUCAGUGAAUGCCUCUAAUAAAGUAGUCUAUAUGAAUGAAUGGAAAGUAUGAAAGUUUGCAAGUGAGUGAGCGCAAGGCAUUUGUAAUGUCAUGGAUGUCAUGUCAUAAAUGUAUUCAAUAAAUGUAA